AUGGAAAUUCAAUUCAAGAAACCAAAGCAGCAAUUAAAACAAGGCACAUCAAAAGGAGGCAAAUUCAAAGGCAAAAUCAGGAACAAAAACAUUAACAAAAACAAGUAUGUUGGGGUGAGACAAAGGCCCUCAGGAAGAUGGGUAGCUGAGAUCAAAGACACAACACAAAAGAUAAGAAUGUGGCUUGGCACAUUUGAGACUGCAGAAGCAGCAGCAAGAGCUUAUGAUGAAGCUGCAUGUCUUCUUCGUGGAUCCAACACUCGCACCAACUUCAUCACACACGUGUCCUUCGAUUCCCCUCUUGCUUCAAGGAUUAAAAAUCUUCUCAACAACAGAAAAGGUACCAAACAACAAGAAGAACAUGAGGAAGCAAUAUCUGCCACAAGGGUCAACAGCACCAUUAGUAGUGCUAGUAGCAGUUCUAGUAGUACUAGUAGUAUAAACUCAUCAAAUAAUGACACUAGUGAAAACUCACUCUCUAGUGAGACAACCACCCACAACACAAAACUAUUUGAUGAUGCUUAUAGACCUGAUUUGAGCAAUUUCAUGGAGGAGUCUGAGUCAGGUUCCAAGUCUAAUGAUCUUUCAUGGGGUUUUGGACAUGGUUUUGAUUCUUUUCCCUUUAGCCAAGCGUUGGAUAUACCAAACCUGCCUGAUACAGCUGGCUUGGAGCUUUCAGAAUUUGAAAGGAUGAAAGUUGAAAGACAAAUAUCAGCUUCACUUUAUGCAAUUAAUGGUGUGCAAGAGUACAUGGAUACUGUUCAAGAUUCAAAUAAUGAAGCUUUCUGGGAUCUUCCACCCUUGUGUUCAUUUUUCUGUUAA